AUUCUGUCGAGUUGGAAGUUUUCUAAUUCUUUUUUGACGUGUAAACAAUCAACCAUUUCACUGUAAAUCUGCAAAAAUAUUGAGUCGGCUUGCUCUAGUCUAAGCCAAGAUGAGUUGGUGGGACACAAGUCAAUUUACCAGCAUGGCCAGCAGUGCCAUCAAGUCAGCUCAGAAGAAAAUUGAUAAUGUUCUGGACAUCAAAGAUGACGAACUGGGCGCAAGAUCCUCCAGCAAAGGAGCUUCCAGCUCUGGCAAGAAGGCCAUGAAGAAAUUGGGCACAGGAGAUGAAUUCUGGAAUGCCUACCUCGAGACUGAUUCGUCAGCAAGUGCUAACCAGACGAGUACAACUGAAAACACCAAGUCAGAAAAGAAGGAGUCUAAAGUUGUUGAGAAAACAUCUGGUGAAACAUCUACUAGUAAAAAGAGCACUAAAAAAGAUGAGGCUUCUUUGGCAAUGGGUGCAUCCGGCAUGAGUGGUGCAGGAUGGGGCACUUGGAGUUUCUCUGGGUUCUCUUUUGGGUCAGAGCCAGUUUCUGGUGAAGCAAAUGCCAGUGAAACCAAGAGCCAAGAGAAAGAAGCAGAGGAUAAGAAAACUGAAAGAAAGGAUGUUGAACCCAAGAAAAGUUCCCAGAAGGAGAGGUCAAAGAGAAGUUCAAGGCCGUCUUUAACUAAAUCUGGUUCAGAGAAAGAAGUGGAUGUGCAGAAGUGGGUCGAUUCACACGACUCUGGGAAGUCGCCUGAUGAUGCAGAAAAGGGACAUGAAUUUGAUACAGGAGAAGUUACAUCUGAUAAAAUAUUGGUUAGUCAUGUCACUGGUGAUGAGGUUGUUGAUGUUCUUCCAUCACGAGAUGUAGCUGACAACCUUACCCCAAAAGAACUGUCUGAAGCCAAUGUUACAAAACAGACUUUACGUCAAAGUGAUUUGAAGUCUACUUCGGAGUCUGGAGACACAAUGUCAAUGGACAGUAAAACUUUUGCAAGUUCAUCAGAAUAUUCUAUAGACUUGACAAGUCAGUCGGAAGAAACUGUAGUAACCUUGCCUAAUGUUCGGGGCAUAUUGCCAGAAGAUGGUCUUGCUGUAGAAAUAGCAGAUUCUUAUGAUGGCUGUGAUAACCGAACACGUGAUAAUAUCGAUGGUGUCAUUGAAAAUGUCCCAGAGAGAUUGCAACAACCAUUGGUCGUUCUUGCUGAUGAUAAAUAUGGGGUGGUGGAAACAAAGCCAGAUGAUACUGACAAGUUAGUAGUGGCAGAAACGGUGGUGACAGAAAUUGACCAGGUUGUUGUUCCUGAAAUGGAGGAGAGUGUGGUUGUUCCUGCAGCAGGAUUUGGUGCAGUUGCCUUGGCUCAGAUGGAGAGCACAGGACUCUGGGAAGAUGCUGAUUUAGAAGUUCCAGCAGAUAUGUUAGUGAGUGUGGAUGAACCUAGUGAGGUGAAUGGUAGCGAGGAGUUGACUGAAACUGAUGGUGGGAGUAUGGUGCCAGAGUUUAGUUCUAGUGCUGUCGAAGUGAAGGCAGUAAUGAGUGUUGAAGGUCCUGGAUGGGAAGUAUCUGAUUCAGAGAUAAAUCUUCCUGAAGAAUCAAGUACCAGCAGGGUAGAUCUUGAUAAGGAUACUAUUGAACUUGAGAACGCACCACUACCAGCUAGUGUGUACCCUAAGGAAGUGGAGGAUAGUGCCAUCGGUGAUGUGACUGAAAGUGUUGAAUUGCCGCCAGAUACACAGAAUAUUGAGGAAACGGUACCAGAUGAAGGACAAGUCUUGAGUGAUCGUACAGCUGGCUGUGAUGUGGAAGAAAGUGUGAAAUCAGACUCGAAAGAGUUAGUCAAUAGUAGUGACAGUGCAACAUCGUCUUCAGGGAAACUGUCCCUAGAUAUGAACACAAGUCGGGAUACAGAGACUGAUGUGUCUACGGAAACGUUAAAAGAUGGGGAGUGUGCGGCGUCGGAUGAAUCAUGUGAUCAAGAGGAGGACACCAAGGUGGAAGGUAAAAUGGAGGAGAGUACGAUUUCCAUGACAUCGAGCGUGUCAUCUGCUUCCUUUGUCAAGUGUAUGCUUGAAGAGGCAAUGGCGGAACCAGAAGCGAAACAUGAGGAUGUGGAGUCACAUUCCACCAGUAGUGAUAAGUCAUCGGAUAUGGUGAAAAUAGACAGUGGGCACACAUCUGGCGACGAAAUAGACACAACUACAUCGUCUGAUAUUGAAAUUAUUUCAACGCCAACUUCUAAUGGGGAUAGGAUUGAUAGGCCUUUCGAUCUGUCGCCUUUGCGCCAUGCUUUAAGCAGGACUGUCAGGCGGGUGAGCCCUCCGCAUGGCCAGACCCACAAACGCACUGAUAGUAAUUCAAGUUCAAGCGGCCAUAGUAAGGAGAGUGAUCUUGAGCAGUUGAGUCCAGGACGGGAGUAUGCGGCCAAGGGGAGGGAGCGCACCAAGUCUGGAGGUGACCACAGACGUUUACAGAGAUCGAUGGGACCUGAAGUGGGUGAUCUAGAUGAAUCUGAGGCUGAAAGUAACCCCCUGCAAAGUGACAGACUACUAAAGAAAAGCACUGUAUAUGAGGAUGUACUCAAUGAGAAACUUGCUGAGACAGCUGAAGUCCUCGAGGUGAGAGAGAAGAAGGUUUUAGAGCUUAGUCGAGAAGUGAUGGACAUGCGUGAAGCAAACAAUAUUCUGAGGCAACAAUUGCUCCAGUCAGAAGAGGCCAGGGAGGCUGAGAUGACCGAUCUCAGUAGCCUGACUGAGGAAUUCACCAUCAGGCUAAGUGAACAAGAAAAGAAACUGCAAGCAGCAUUCAAAGAACGAGACAACAUGAAAAAACAGCUGACAACUGCCCAAGAAGAACUACUAAGAAAGGCUGAAGACAAGAAGGCACAAAAGCUCUUGGAGGAAAGGGAUGAACAAAUAAAUGAACUGCUGAUGGAAGGCGAAAAGUUGUCCAAACAACAGUUACAAAGCAAUAAUGCUGUAAAGAAACUUAGAGCAAAAGAGAAGGACACUGAUGCUAUUAUCAAGACACAGAAACAAAAACUUGAGAGCCAGGAAAUCGAACUGGAGCACUUGAGGAAAGUAUUAGAUUCUCGUGAUGAAACAGAAGCCAAUCAGACAAUAGCGAUCAACCAGCUCACAAGUGCUGUCAAGUAUCAAGAUAAGGAAAUUGAGAAAUUUAAGAGUGAAUUGGAAGACACCACUGAAAAGAACAGAGCUCUGCAGACAACACUUGACAAUGCAUACAAAGAAAUUGGUGAACUGAACAAAGUGAAUGCUGCCCGUGACAUUAAAGCGCAAGAGAAAGCCUUGAGUGUUGAAAGACAAGCCAGAGAGGAGUUGAAACUGGAGCUUGAUCGCCAGAUACACAGGACCAAACAUGAAAGCGUGACUUUGGUACACCAGAUUGAAGAUCUUCAGCUGAGUUUGACUCGAAUGGAGAAGGAAUGUGGUCGCCGGGAGGAUAUCUUGAGGCAAGAGAUAUCAGAUCUACAUAUGCGGCUGCAGGAGGCAGACAGUAGAAAUGAGGAACUGUCACAGAGUGUAUCUGCAGCCACGAGACCUCUUCUACGCCAGAUUGAAAACUUACAAUCAACUUGUGGUGCUCAGUCGCGAUCUUGGGAAAAGAUUGAAAGGAAUCUUACUGAAAGAUUAGGAGAGGCUCAGACGCAGGUGGCAGACCUCGGUGAGCGGGAGCGUCUUAAGAAUGAGAAAGUGAUUGAGCUUUCAUCACGAGUAUCAGCUCUGGAAACCCAGGUUGGGACAUUGAGGCAGGAGAAGUCACAGCUCGUUGCAAGUCUGGAGAUAGAACGUGCCAAACUGGAGGUGUUAGAGGACACACAACACAAGGAUGGUGUUCAGGUUGAGAUCAUGAAGCAAACCAUGUCCAGGCAGAUCUCCGAGUUGAAGAAAGAGAAGAUUCUUUUAGAAAAUCAACUGGAAAUGGAGAAGAUGAAGAUUGAGACGGAGAAGAAGAAGCUGGCAUUGGCUCAGGAUCAGAUCAAGGAGAAGGAUCGUCAGAGUGCCCUUGCAGCAAAGUCCUCCCCUUCACCAGUCCCACAGAUGACUAGGUCCAGUAGUCAGAGUAGUGAUCAAUCCAAUGUCUUUUUUCCACCAGUCGCACAGGAUGAUGUAGAGCGAACACUGAUGUUGUCCACUGCCAAUGGGAGCAAAAUGAAUCUCUAUGAAACCCUUCGCCAGAGUGGUGCAGCCAAUUUAUUGGAGAACUUGCAGUCACAGCUCAAACUAAAGGAGGGUGAAAUAGUCCAGCUACAGAGUGAAAUCGGUGACCUGGAGCGCACAAGGGAGUCGAUGGCACGGGAACUAGUCAAUCUAACCAAUAAGAACCAAGAUUUAGAAGAGAAAACAGCGGAGUUUGACAAGUUAACUGAAGAUUAUAAGGCCUUAGACAAAAGGAAUGAUGCCCUGUUACAAAUGUAUGGAGAGAAAGAUGAAGAGGUCCAGGAGUUGAGAUUAGACUUACGAGAUGUAAAGGAGCUGUACAAAACUCAAAUUCAGGAACUUCUAUCAUCAAGAUAACAAAGGAGGCUCACCAAGGGAAAGCUCAGAUGCAUUUGGUUUUUGGUCUUAGUAAUGUUUGACAUUCCUUGGCAAUAGCAUUCCGCGAAGAUGUCGUCACUGCAGCUGCUGCCCUCUAUUUCCCCAUCGCUGAAUUACAGGCAAUGUCGGACAAACAUGCGGUUUCGUAAUGGAUUCAGGCUUUCUAACUAGGGCAGUUAGAUUCAAUCUGGCACAUGUCCGAGUGUUGGAAAUACUACAUAGUUGUUCUGAAUAUUUCUCUCUCUGACUCUAUGGUAUCAUUCAUGCUAAAAACAAUGCAGGGUCAAAGAUAAUUGACUUUGAAAUAAGCUCAAAUGCGUAGAAAUAAGUGUCGAUGUCCGACUGUCACGUGACUAAACGUCAUCAAUAUCUUAUGCAAAUGACCUUGUGAGCUAUAAAUAGUAACUUCGCGGGAUGCUAUUCUUGUUGCUAUAUGUACUGGUCCCAUUCCUGUCACUAUCAAUGGUCAUCUUCAUCGCUUUAUGCCAGGACACUUUUUCCAUGGAAGUACAAACAUGUAUUCUCCUUCACGCUAGUGCCAGUGUUGUGUCUAAACAGCAGGCGCAAGUUAAAAUUUGCGGUUUAUUGUUUGAUAUAAAGAGAGGUGGAGGUUAUCAUCUUUAUAAUACCUAACUCUUUUAGUCGAAAUUUACACACAGGUCAUAAAAGGAGGUAGUGAUAUCAAGUGGUGCCAUGGAUGAUUGUGAUGUACUAGAAUUGUAGGCUCUGUGUACACAGACCAGCUUAGAAAUAAUUUAUUUGUUUUCAAAAUUGAAAUUAUGUAACGAGACUAGGUCACUCCGUGAUCAAGGUGGAUCAAGUUUGGGUAUUCAGUACCAGUUUAACUGGUCUAGUAUCCUUUUCAUGCUGGUGACAGUUCAACUUCAUUUUGACCAUUUGCACUUAUGGUCUAGUUCUUUAAAAAAGUAAACCAUGUAAACUUGAUAAAUUGUUUGGAAUAGACUACGGAAGGUUGAGGUUGACGUACAUUUACCUAAUAAUGUAUCCCGUGGGUGAUAGAUUAAGGCUGAGGGUAUUUUGAUCAUAUUCACUCUUCUUGUCCAGACCAUGUGUUUUAAUGGAGAGUGUCUCGAGAUAAGGCUGGCCCCGUACUGGUGCAGUUUUACAGCGCUCCUGUGUAUAGGAUGAUGAUAGUCUCCCUUUAGCAAAAAGGGGAAUUAAACAUGUGAUUAAUGGUGUUUGCUCCAAUCAAGUACUGUAAACUCAUUCAGGAGCCAUCAUAACUUUCAAGGUGUCAGCCUUGGGUUUGUAACUAGAAGGUCCCAACAGCUCCUGACCAAUUUAUAGUAAUCACUGCCUCUUGUAAGCCUGUUGCAGGACUGUUUAUUCAGCCAGUGAAUCUGCCUUGUCUUGAUUACUUGUAGUGUCUUUCAGUAUUAUGUCCAAUUCUUCCAGAGUAGGAAUAUAUUUUGAAUAAGGCUCGUUGAUAUAAAUGUAGUCUGACAGACUUUGCAAAUUUGUGUUCUAAGAUUGAGAGGCACGAUCUAGAAAGACAAUUGAGAUUGCAUAGUUUACGAUAAUAAUUAUGCAGCUAAAGUUCAAUUCCAGUCCUUGAAGUUAGGUUCAAAGAGAAACCUUUAUGGUGAGAGCGCUGUAGUGUAGCAUUAUUGUAAAUUAUAAA